AUGCCGCCCUCAAGGUCCAACAAUACGUGUAGUCAAUGCCGCGCUCGCAAGGUCCGCUGCCGUGGCGGCCCCGACGUCUGCGCCAACUGCAGACGCCUGCAGUUCCAUUGCUCCUUUGGAGGGCAUGAUGCUUCCACCGUGCCGCAAGACACUGCGCCAUUGCCUGCCCAGGACGACCGGCCCGCGAAAAAGCGACAGUCUCGCGCGUGCCUGCAGUGUCGCGCGGGCAAGUCCAAAUGCUCCGGCGAGCACCCGGCCUGUGCCUCCUGUCGUGACCGCGCCAAGCCUUGCACGUAUCCGGAGACCAAGCGAUCGCGGCGCGAUGACUGCCCAAACAUGGUCGAGGCGUCUUCGCACACCUCGGCCGCCUCAGGGCAACCCAGUGACGGCGUCAACGUGUCACCCGUCACCGCAUCCUUUAUGGCGUCGCAUUCGGCGACGGGGCCAACAGCGAGCGAGAACAUGAUGCCCCGCUCGCACGUCUCGUCUGCUGGAAGCGCAUCUUGGAUCCAGUCGGCGUUCAACUCUAUGGACGUGGACGCCUUGCUCCCUGAAGCUGGUCGCGUGCUCUCCUUGCCACCGUUGCGAGAACAACUCCAGCUCAUCAACGACUUCUUUCGGCACAUACACCCGUUACCCGCUGCGUCCUUUCUGAACGAGCUGUCCAUCACGCACCGAUGUCUGGCCUCCACCCUCGAUCCGGUCUUGCUGAGGGCCAUCUGCUCCAUCUCGGCCAUGUCGCUCAAGUACAACAAGUACUAUCCCGUGCAGACGACGGUGUGGGUGCAAGAGGCCGAGAACACCAUCUGGCAAACCAUUGAGCGCCCCACCGUCUUCAAGACGCAGGCGCUUCUGCUUAUUGUUCUUUACCACAUGGAGAUUGGGAACUUCGAGAAGGCGUACAUGCUCCUGUCCAUGGUGUCGCGCUUUGCCAGUGCGCUGCGGCUCCAUUACGAGCGGAUCGACCUGAGCCACUUGUCGCAGGAGAUACGGCGACGCCUCAUGUGGUCGGUCAUGCUGGUCGACAGCUACUUUUCCAUCGGCCUGCCGGAAGCCGAGACGUGCACGCACGAGUUUACGUACCUCAAGCUGCCCUGUGCCGAAGAGGACUUCCACACCGAGCACCCACCGUCAUUCUCUGAGCCCAGCCUGGAGCCGGAACACCAGCUUCAAUCGCCCAGCAUGGCCCUCGACGGGGUUCAAGAAGCUGGACUCCUCGAGCUGUACAUUCGACAAGCCAUGUUGAAACGAGACAUCAUGAAGUUUACCAGGCACGCACUCGCACAAGGACACAUCAGCGCCGCACAGCUCAUCGCCGCGGUGGACGGGCUCUAUGCGCGCCUGCACGCCGUGAAGCCCUGGCCGUACGACAGCUCCAGGCUGGAAGGCUACAAGCGGUCGAGAUGGCUGUUGCGUUAUGUCAUCAACCAUUUGUCGUGGCAUCAGUGCUACUGUGAUCUAAAGAGGCUGUUCCUCUCUGGCUACCGAGAGGCAGCCCCCGAUGCGGUGCUGGCUGCCUGUCCGCCCGAAUACGUCCACAAAGCCGCGGCAACGUGCCUCGAACACGCACAAGAGAUUAUUAGGGUGCUUUCUGACCUCGACAACCUACGCGUGGACAUUGUCGCGGUGCCACUGGACAUUGUCAUUGGCGGCUACCAUGCGUCACGACUGUUACUCUUCCUCAGCCGAUCUUCGCUACUCCCUGCUGGCCAGAACAUCAUGUUUGAGGACGCCUAUCGUGCGGCCGUGCAAAUGCUGACCACGCUACGGAGACUCGAGCACAACUGCUCGGUUACAAUGCAGCACACGGUCCGGGACUUGGAGAGUGUCAUUGACAAGUACUCUCAAAGCACGCAUACCCGGACACGAGAGUCAUCGGACGAGGAGGAGCAAAUGUCGGGGCGCACACAGCAACCACGCUACGCCCGGGCGGUCCAGCGCCACAAGAGCCUGGGAGUCCACAGUGCCCUCCGCAGGGCUCGGUUCGAUGACGAGAGCUCCGACACCAUGGAGAUGGACCACGGUACGGCUUUGUCGGUGCAGGCCGCCUCUCUCCUCCCGGCAGCAGCCAGGGGCUGCCCUGAAACACCCAAGGAAUCGUCUGGAGCACGCGGCAGCUGGCCAACGGCCCAGCCUAGACCGCAAUGCCCUUGCGGAGCAACCGCCGAUGAUCGGGAACCCCUCAGACGCCGCCAUGCUCCUCAGCCUGUCGCAAGCACAGAACCCCCAGCCCGAAGGCGGGGUAUUCGACAUGGAGCCCUUCAGUACGGUGAUGUGGGGAUCCUAUGA